CAAAGAGCGCAUCACACAGGGAGACCUGCGCCUCUAAAGCAGUGUGAGAUUUCCUUUCUCCCGCAUAACCGACAAGAGCAGUCACUCAACGCAAGUGUGUCUCCACCAUCCCAAUAUGCCUUCCAGUCUCAAUACGCAAGGCGGGAAAGCCUUCGGGUUGCUGAAAGCACAGCAGAGGGAGAAGCUGGAGGAAAUCAAUAAGGAGUUUAUGGAAGAUCAGAAGUAUCGGGAUGAGGAGGAUUUGGCAGACAAGCUGGAUUCUUUUAAAAAUAAGUAUGCAGAAUUUGACCUGAACGAUCAGGGGGAUAUUGACAUGAUGGGUCUGAAGAGAAUGAUGGAGAAGCUGGGUGUGCCAAAGACUCAUCUGGAGAUGAAGAAAAUGAUCUCAGAGGUGACGGGGGGCUGCAGCGACACAAUCAACUACAGGGACUUUGUCAAAAUGAUGCUUGGCAAGAGAUCAGCUGUCCUCAAACUGGUUAUGAUGUUUGAAGAUAAAGCUAACGGGACCAGCUGUAAACCUGAUGGGCCACCACCCAAACGUGACAUCACCAGCCUACCAUAGAUCAGCUGAGGAGUGGAGAUUGAUUUGAUAAGAUGACCCUGCAUUUGCAAAUCCCAACCAUUUAACAUUAGGGGCUAGGCUCAAAUAGCCCUACCUAGAAUCUGUUACCAAGACCCAGGGAAAAUCUUAGUUCUGAGAAGGACAAAAUAGGGGGGGAAAGGAGAGAGGUGUAUACAUUUGCUGUGAAAAAGUCAAAGUGCAUAAUAGCUUUUUAUAAGUAAACCAAUGUAUAUAUUUAUAUGAAAAGGGUGUUUCUGAAUAGUAUUUACAAGCACAAAUCCUGUGGGUGAAGUAACCGUGAAGUUAUGUGUGCAAGACUGCAAGUGUACUAAGUAUAGUGGACAGGAUGACGUCAUUUAUUUAGCAAGACAAAUUUUUCUUCCCCAAAAGCAAUGUGCUUGUUUUCAUUCCAGUGUGUGUAUGUGUAUAUAUAUAUAUAUAU